GUUUGUUCUAGUCACGUGAUUAGGGUCAAAGGAAACACAUUCGGCAAGGACGAAACAUGGCGGCGGCGAGCAGCAGCAGCAGCAGCAGGAGGAGGGAAAAGGGUGUUUGAAGUUUUUGUGUCUAAAGUCCCAUGGACGAUCGCAACAAAGGAGAUCAGGGAUUACUUUGGGCAGUUUGGCCAGGUGAAGAAAUGUCUCUUGCCCUUUGAUAAAGAAACAGGAUUUCAUCGGGGGUUUUGCUGGAUCGGGUUCAGUACAGAAGAGGGACUUCAGAAUGCACUACAGAAAGAUCCCCACAUCAUUGAGGGUGCAAAGCUCCAGGUACAAAGAAACAGAAAAGCAUUCAUUGGAAGAAAAUCAAACAAAGAAGCAGAAGAAAGCUGAAAAUGUCUAUUUUUUCAUUAUUAUUAUUAUUAUAAUAAUUUUUUUACGUGAAAACCAUCCAGCGUGAAGUGUUAUGAGUAACACAGAUUUGUUAUUUAUUAUGUCCCCCCUAAGAAACCAAGAAAGUUAUUAUGAAAUGUCAAAUAAAAUAUUAUUUGGAAAUAUUUUAGAAAGUCA